AUGCUCAUUAUAUGUAGUUCAUGUGGACUGCUCACGACAUCAAAUGAACAUCGAUCAGGCUGCAAAGCAGCUACAAUCGAAUCUACUAGACAAACAGAAUCAAUGUCAGAAUUAUCAAAUAAUAAUAAUAAUAAUAAUAAUACUAAUAUUGAAACUAGUUUAUUUAAUACAACAUCAAAUGAACAUACACUUUUUGCUGGAACACUUCGUAAUUGGUGUGAUCCAUUAUUACAAGGACAAGAACGAAUACGGGUUCCAUUAUGUCCACGUUGUGUUACAUGUAAAUGUGAAUCAUUAAAAGAUUUACCUAAUUCAUUAAAUCAUCGACAAUAUCAUGAUCCAACAUGUCCAAAAUAUCAUCAACAUAAACGAAUUAGAACAACAAGUCGACGACGUUUAUUAAAUAAACCAAAACGUCGUGCAAUUUCAUAUGAUUCAUCAAUUCUAUUAGAUAAUAAAAAAUCAUUAAUAAAACAACAGAAUGAACAUUCUCCAUCAUGUAUAUUAAUACAUCAACAAAUUGAACGAAGACAAUCAACAUCAAGAAUUCCAGUGAGAAUAUCAACAACACCAUCAUCAUCAAAUGUUACAACAACAACGACAACUACAAGUGAAUAUUCUCCAUCAUCAUCAUCAAUAAAUAGUAGUCGAUCAUUAAAUAUGAGAACAAAAAUUCCUCGACUAAUAUCAAGUCAAAAUUCAUCAUGUACAACAUUUUUAACUUAUACAAAUCAAAAUUCAUCAACGAGUGAUGUCGAUUCACAUGAUCAUGAUCAUGAUCAUGAUAGUUUGCAGGACGAUACCUGUCAAACACAAUUGACAAUGUCUAAUAAUGAAUUUUAUAAUAAGGACAUAUUAUCGAAAAAGAAAAAGAAGAAUAUUAUGAUGUUAUAUUGUACUACAAAUGGUACGAAUCAAUUAGAUAAUAUAGAUGAACAAAUAUUAAUGAAGAAGAAGAAAAAGAUGUCAUCUUCGUCAAAGAUACAUAAUCAUAGUGAAUCAUCAUUAGAAAAACGACAACGAAAAUUUUGGCAUAGAGAAGGUCGUAAUUCAAAAUCAAAAACAACAGGAACUUUAUCAUCACCUGUAAACGAUUUGUCAUCAACAAUUUCUUCUUCUUCAUCAUCAACAUCAACAUCAUCUUCAUAUGCAAAUAAUUGUUCAUCAUCAAUUGAAUUAAAAAAAAAAUCUCGUCCAUAUAGAUUAGCUUCACCUUCUCGAACAACAACAAUAACACAAAUUCCUUCAUUAUCUGAUGAUUCAUUAUCUGAAAAAAAUGAACAAUUAUUAUUUAAAAACCAAUAUUCACAUACAAAUGAAUCGAAAAAAAAUUCAUCUCAACAUUUAGAAUCAUUAUCACCAACAUCAUCAUCAACAUCAAAUAAAUCACCAUCAGUUUAUUUAAUUGAAUUAAAAAAUUCUAAUCGUCCAAUAAAUUCAUUUGGUUUAACAAAAACAAUAACAUAUGUUUGGAAAAGUAAUUAUCCAAAAAAUUCUGAAAAUGAUUUAAAUCAUUAUCCAAAAUAUUCUGUUGAACAAGUACCACCUAUUAAUGAUUAUAAUAAACGUUUAAUACCAAUAUCAUCACGUCAUAUUUUAUUACAACGUAGUAAAAUUGAUUUUUGGCAAAAUAUGGAAACAAUAAGAACAACAACAACUGAUUCAAUAUUAACAUCAUCAUGUCAAAAUCAUAUUGGUUCAGCAACAAAUUUACUUUUACCAACAUUAGAUAAUCAACAAAAUGAUAUUAAACAAACAACAAGUUCAAAUGGACAUAUUAUAUCAAUAACAACAACUAAACAUCGUCCACCAUCUUUAUUAAAUCAAUCUCAAAAUACACAAUGGAAUAUUGAAGGUAAUGGAAAACAAUUAAAAUAUUCAAAUCUUAAAUGGUAUAGUGCUGAUCAAUUACAAAAAGAUAAUUAUUUUACAACAAAACAACGAACAAAACGAAAACAACAACAACAACAACAUAUAUCAGAUAGUACAACAGAUACAGGAUCAUCAAGUGAACAACAUAAUCGAUCAGCACCACCAAUUCUUCAACAUCAAAGUAAUACACAUUUAUAUGAAGUUAUUGAAAAUAUUUCAAUGAAUAAGCAAAAUGAUUCAAAUUUACCUGAUUAUACAUUAUUUAAUCGUGAAAUAAAUAAAACAUCAUCACCUAUACAACAAAAUAAUUCAUCCUCAUCCUCCUCUUCUUCCUCCUCUUCCUCAUCAUCAUCAUCAUCACCAUCAUCAUCACCAUCAAAAAAUGAAGUUCAACAUUUGGAAAAAAUUCUUAAUGAAAUUUCAACAUAUUCUCCAAAACGAAAAUUAAAUUCCUAUGCAAGUACAGAUGAAGAUGUUGAUGAAUUUAAUUUAGAUUAUUCUGAUGAUAUCGAUCGUUCAUUAACAACAAUUCAAACAUAUCGUGAUAGAUUAAAUGCACGUUUACAAACUGAACAAUAUGAAACAAAUUCUAUACGUCGAAAAACAAUAUCAAAUGAAUAUUCUCAAACUACACUUGAUUCAGGUGUUGAUAUAUUAAGUGAACAAAAAUUAUUACAAUUAAAAAUCGAUGAACAAUAUUCAGAAGAAACAACAAAUCAAAAUGAUUUAUUUGCUUUAUCCGAUGAUUCAUUACUUGAUAUUGAAUCACCACCACAAAUUAAUGCUUUAUCAUAUAAACCAAUAUCAAUAAUAAAUAAUCAAUCAAUAUCAUUAACUGAUGAAAGUGAUGAAGGUAAAAGUUUUUUAACUGCUAUAACAGAUUCUCCUUCAGUUAAUAAAAUUGAAUAUGGACAAUCAAAUAUAAGUGAACAAUAUUAUUCAGCUGACAGUGAUUUUAAUACAUCAUUAUCAUUACAUAAUAAUGAUAUGAAUAAUAUAAAUGAAUGUGAAAAUAAUAAUGAUCAUGAUCAUAAUGAAAUUAUUAAUCAUAAUCAAGAUAUAAAACAAAUAUCAUCAGAUUAUUCACAAACAUCUACAAUUGAUAUCAAUAGUAAAGUAUCAUCAUUUGGUGAUUGGAUUGAUCAAAUAUUUACAACAUUUCUUGCUGAAGCAAAUCAACAAUCAUCAUCAACAAGUCGUUCAUCAUCAAUUAUAUCAAUACAUACAUCACCAAAUACAAUUGAUACAUCAUCAUCAAAAAUUUUAACUGUUAUUGAAAAUAAUCAAAAUUCAACAAUCAUAUCAAAUAAUUCUAUCAUUGAAGAUAAUAAUAAUAAUAAUAAUAAUCAAAUGAAUUCUUUACAUCGUCGUUCACUAUCAUGGCCAAAUGAUGAACAACAACAACAAGAAGAGAACAAUUUUAAAGAAAUAUCAAGUUCAAAUUUGAACAAUGAAAAUAUUGAUAAAAAUUUAUAUAAAAAUGUAUCUAAUAAUGAAAAUAUAUAUUCCAUAGACGAACAAGAUAUCAAUCAACAAUCAACAUCAUUUCAACUGUCAUUGAUUGAAAAUAGUCAUGAAGAGGUGAUUAACAAGGAAACAAUGCAAAACAACUAUAUUCGUCAUCAUACAACCAAUACUACGACUACUAAUACAGAUUAUGAUCAUACAGAUGAUGAAAAUUUUUUAUUUUUAAAUUUGACAUCACCAUCAACAAUAACAACAACAACAACAAAUAAUGAUGAUGAUGAUGUGAGAAAGGUGGAAGAAAAAGAACGUGAUGACGAUGAAAAACAUAUAGAAAUUGAAGUCAAUAAUAACAAUAAAAACGAUAGGCCAUUUAUAGAAGUAGUAAUACCACCAGAUGAAUCAUCAUCAUUUUCAUUUGAUGAUGAAUUUCUUUCUUGUCAAACACAACAAAAUCAACAUACAAAUAGCCAUGAUUCAUUACUUCAACCUGAUCAUCAUAUUAUGAAUAAUAUAAAUACAGCAGCAUCAUCAACAGAUGAUUUAUCAAGUACAAAUCAAUUAUCAUCAUCAGCAUUUCAUUCAAAAGAUUCAGCACUUGGUUUAUCCGAUGAUAAUUUAAAUUGUAUACAAAUGAAACAGUCUAUCAUUAGAAAUAAUCAUGAUCAUGAUCAUGAUGAUGAUGAUGAUGAUGAUGAUGGUGAUGAUGAUGAUGAUAUUGAUGAUAAUCAACAACAAGUAACAUUAUCAUCAGUUCAAUAUAAUAAAAUUGACAAUAAUGACAUUCAAGAUAAUGCAAAUAAUAAUAAUAAUAUUGAUAAGAAUGAAAUGGUAUGGGAACAUAAUAAUGAUGAAAAUAUUUCUAAAAAUAAUUCAACAAUGAUAUGUAUUAAUGAUCAAACACAAAUAAUAUCAUUACCUUGUUUAACUGAACAUGCUGAACGAACAAUAUCAUCAAGUUCAUCUGAACAAUUAAUACCAAAAGAAAAACAAACAGGAAUGUAUUAUCCUGCAUUUGGUAGUUCAGCUGCUAUACAUUUAGCUGAAAAAUAUAAUUGUGAAUGGUUACAAGAUGUAACAUCACCAACAAGUACAAUACGAAAAUCUUCAACUAUAAUUAAUGAUAAUAAAGAAUCAUCUGAUUCACGUAUAUUUCAUCAACAUCAAACAAUUGGUGAUGAUGAUGAAUUUUAUUUAUCAUUAGAAACUCUUCAACCAUCAUAUUCAUGUCCAAAUUUAAAUUCUUUAACAACACGUGAAACAUUACGUGAACGUUCAUAUUCUUUAACAACAUUAGAUGCCUAUGCAUGUUUAGAUAUAACACGUGAUACUCUUGAACAAAUGUGGCUUUCAUUACUUGAUCUUGCAUUUAGUGAUAAAGAUGAUAUUGAAUUAGGUGAAUAUAAAUUACGUCAUAUUAUUGGUUUAUCAAAUUCAUAUACAAAUAUGAAUGAUGCAUUAAUAGAAAAAUCCCGUAGUCAUGGUGAUAUUUUUUCAACAACAAAUAAAAAUCAACAAGAAAAAUUUAUUAAAAAAAAAUCAAAAUCAUUUGAUACAACAGCAUUACCAAAAUCAUCAACAAUAACAACAACAGAAUCAUUUAUAGGAACAACAAAAAAUGAUUCAGCUAAUAUUGGUCUUUUACAAGGUGCUGCCAUAUCAGAACCAUUUAUUAAUUAUAUUGGUCCAAUAUCAUCAAUACAUUCAGAUACAGAUAAUAAUAUAAUUGAUAUUGAUAGUGAUAGUAUACAAUCAUAUGAACAAGAUAAUCCUCAAACAAAUGAACAACAAUCACCAAUACCAUUCAAUCAAAUACCAUCAACUACUAUAAAAGAACCAUUAAAUUAUGUUUUUCAUUAUCCACAUCAAUUAGAUCAUAGUACAAAUAAUAAUAAUAAUGAUGAUGAAUAUGAUUUUGAACCAAUAAAUGAUAUUAUAAAUUAUUUACCAAGUAGAAAUUUACCAAUAAAUCAAAUAUUUGGUGAAGAAGAUAAACAAUUAUGUAUGUCCUUGGGUUUUGAUGAUGACGAGGCAACAGCUGCACUUGCUGCUGCUGUCGUACAGUCAAGAGAUAUACAAGCUAUUUUAGCUGACUAUAGACCACAUUCAUUAUCAACAAUACCAAGUUCGAGAGAAAGUCAAUAUGCAUCAAGUAUUGAUGAUAGUGAUGAUAUUAUUGAUUUACAUGAAAAUUUAAGAAGUGCAAUUAAUAUUAAUCAAGACGAUAUAUUACAAGUUGAUAAUAGUGAAGAAGAAGAAGAAGAAGAAGACGAUAAAGGUGAAAUUGAAUCAAAUAUUUCAUCACCACAAUCAAAACCAUUAUCACCUAUACAAAGUCGUUCAUUAACACCAUCAGAACAAAAUCAUCAAUUAAAACUAUCACAUUUUUCUGAUAUUAUUGAUCAUGAUGCAUGGGCACGAUCAAUAAGUGAACCAAUUUAUUCUAAUGAUCUAUCUAUUAAAAAUCAUCAUAAUGAUGAAGAAAAUUUAUUUACUACAUAUACAGAUAAUUUAACAACAAUUAUUUCAGUACCUUCAUUAGAACAAUCACAAUUAUUUACAAUUGAUAAAAUUGAACCAACUAUAAUUAUACAUGAAUCAAAACAAAAUAAUUUUAUUGAACAAACAUCAACAAUAAAUUUAAAUAAUAAUAAUUUAAUUAAUUUAUCAAUACAAGAAGAUUUUAUUGAAAAUAUGGAUUAUAAUCAAUAUGAAAAUAAAUCAACAAAUUCAACACGUACAUCUAUAUCAUCAAUACAUGAUACACAUCUUGAUCCAAAUGAAUUAGCAUAUCGUUUAUCACGUUUAGAUUCAUCAAAUAUUUCAAGUCCACCAAAAAAAACUUUAGCUGAUGAAUUAGCUGAAUUAGGUGAAAAAGAAAAUCAUUUUGAAAAUGAUUCACUUGAUCAUACACCACCAUUAAUAAAUGAAAAUAUUCUUUCACCAUUAAAUAUUGAUCAACUUACAACAAUUGUUGAUGAUAUACGAAAAAUCAAUCAAGAUAAAUCUAUUUCAUCACUUUCUACAAUUAUUGAAGAUAUACUUGCAGAAAAAAAUAAUCAAUAUUUAACUAAAAUUGUUGAUUAUCAUCAUUCACCACCUAUAUCAAAUUUACAAACAAUUAUAACAGAAUUACAUCAAACACCUAUGAAAAAAUUUCAUAUACGUCCACAACGACCAACACAUCUUGAACUUGAUAUUGAAGAAGAAGAUAUUCAAGAAUAUGAUGAACAAAUUUUAUCACCUAUGAUUACUGACAAUAUUCCAAUAUCAUCAAAUAUUAUAUCGGAUCUUGAACAUAAUUUAGCUGAAUAUAAAAUAAAAACACCUUCACCACCAUCACUACCAUCACCACCACUACCACCACCUCCUCCUCCUCCUGCUCAUCCUAUUCAUUCACCAUCAUCAAUGAUAAGACGAACAAGUGAUUUAUUACCUAUAAAUUCCACACGUUAUCAAACACAUCGUAUUGAUAAAGUAUCUGAUCUUGAAAUAGUUAAACAAGGUAAAGGUUUUAAAAUUGGUUAUACUGAUCGACAAGGUACAGAUCAACGUGUUAUAUUAACUAAACGUAUUCAAGCUGGACCUGAUAUUAUGGCAAGAGAUCCACAUGUUCGUUUACCAUAUAAAGGUCGAAAAAUAUUAAAUCAAGUUUUUAAUUCGAUUUUAUAUACAAAUGGUUAUAAUACAAUAAAAGAAGAUAAAAAAUUUCAACAUAUAUCUGAUGAUAUUGAAGUACCUAUUAUUGGUACUAAUCCUCAACAUUUUGACGAGUCGGAUAUGAUAUCAAUUGAUAUUGAUGGUCCAUCAACAAUGCUUAAUUCUAUAUGUGAAUCAAUUGUUAUAACUCAAGGUUCAGUUUAUACAAAUAAUUCUUUAAAAUCUUCUGAAGAAAAAUCUUUAAAUCAAUCAAUAACAAAUAAUAUAUUGGAUAAUAAUAAUUCAAUAUCAUCAUAUUAUCAUCAUGUUGAUUUAGAUCAACCUGAAGAAUAUAUUUAUGAUAGUUCUCAUACACCAAAAUCACCAAAUAAAAAAGAUAAAAUUGAAGUAAUUGAUACAUGGCAAGAUCGUACAAUUAUUGAUGGUAGUAGUACAACAUGGCGUAGUCCAUUAUUACAUACAUAUAAAGCAACAAAACAUAUUCAACCAUCACAUCAAGUUCAAACAUUUGUUUCAGCAAUUGAACCAAAUAUUGUUCAAAUGCGUAUAGCACCAUCAAAUGAUAUUAAAUAUCGUACAAGUGAACAUAUUGAAAUUCCAUCUGUUUAUGAAUGGAAUGAUGAAUUAACAACAACAAUAAAUACACCAAAAACAACACGUGAUAUGGCAUUAUCACCUAUAUUAAUUGAUAAUAUAAUUUAUCAAACAUCAAGUACAUCACCAAUGAUAAAUCAUCAAGAAAAAAUUGAUCGUUCAUGUCAAUAUAGUCCACCUAUUCAACAUGAUUUUGGUUUACAAUGUUAUGUUAAUAAUUCUACAACAUCAACACAAGUAUCAUCCUAUGAUAUACCAAAUUUUUUAUCAACAUAUGAUGGUAUACAAACAAUAAAUGAUAAUAUAAAUCAAACAUUUGAUGAUUCAGGUAUUCAAACACAUAUUCAAACAAUAUCACCAUCAUUAUCAAUAGCAUCAUCUGAUCAUCAACAAAUUAUACAUACAAGAAAAGAUUUUAUUAGAAAAUUAAAUGACAAUAAUAAUAAUGAUGAUAGAUCAGCAUUAAAAAUAACACGAUAUACAGAUGAUAAUUAUUAUCUACCAACAAAUGAUAAUAAUAUUAAUAAUAAUAAUCAAACACUAAUGAAUAUACGUUCAACAACACUUGAACGUAGUGCUGAUUCAGGAAUUCUUGUUGAUGAACAAUUAUUACGUAAUCGUCGUAAUAAAGCAAAUUUUGCUUUACAAGUUGAUAUAAAAGGUUCAUCAUCAGAUAGUGAAGAUGUAUCUGAAGUAACACAACGUCCAUUUAAUCGUAUAAAAUCAUCAAGAAAUAAUGAUUUAUAUGAACAUCAUAGUGAAUUAGUUAUAACAACACAAGAUGCAAUUAAAAAUCGACAACAUUUAGAACAAUCAAUUAGAUCAACAAAAGAAAUUGAACAACAAAUUUUACAAUUACGUCGUGAACGUGAACAUAUACUUGAUUUACUUUCAUUAAAUUGGAGUCGAUCAAAUAUUUGGGUUGAAUUAACUGAAGCAAAAUUAAAUUAUAUUAUUGGAGAAACAGAUGCAUUAUUACGUUCAUUAUCAUUCGAUGCUAAUCCUGUUGAUAGUGAAAGAGUUAAAUUAAAAAUGCAUCAAUAUGAAGAAGAGAUGGCAGAAUUAACACGUCAACGUUUAGCUGUUUAUCGUCAACGUUUAGAAGAUUCAAAAAAACAAUUAGAUAUUAAAAUUGAUGAAUUAGAAUUAAAAAAAUCAACAAUUGAACAAAAAACAUCACAUUAUUCAACAUUUGAAUAUUUACCACGUGUUGAUAAUACAAAACAUUCAAAAUCAUUUUUAAGUACAAGUGCAGAAAAUUUAUCUAAUAUGCCAUUACAAGAUACAAUAUCCAGUCAUCCACAUUUACUUGAUAUAUCAUUUUUAACAUCAACACCAUCAAAUCAAACAAUUGGUCUUCCACCACGUUAUCCUCGUUCACCCCGUCUUCCUCAACAAUAUCAAUCAUCCGAUACAUAUAGAACUGUUUAUCGUCCAACACCAUGUUAUCCAACAACAUCAAAUGAUCAACGUUAUGAUUAUCCACGUUAUAGAACAACAUCAUAUGUAACAACAACAAAUGGUAAUUUAUCUGGUUUACAAGGUUUAAGUAAAAGUCAACAAGCUAUAUUAGAUGAAACAGAUAAAUUAGUUAAAGAUUCACAAGAAUUUCAUAAUGAAUCAGCAUCACAAUUUGAACGUGCAAGAGAAAGUUUAUUAUCAAGUGAAGCAUCAAUACGAUUAGCACGUGCAAAUAUGGCUGCAUCACGUUUUUCACCUAAUUCAAAUUAUUUACCAAAUGAUGUUACACUUGCUGAAUUAUUUAAAUAUGAACAGUCAUUAGCUAAAGAAACAGCAAAAAAUACUCGAACAUAUUCAUCUCUAUCGACAAGUGCGGAAUCUUAG